GGGCACGCGCUCGGAAGUCGGGGGUCGGCGCGGAGUGCAGGCUGCUUCGCGGGGUGGGUUAGGGAAGCGCAGAGGCGGCGCGCGGGGGCCGCGGUCGGCGAGCAGCGCGGUCCUCGCUAGGGGCGCCCGCCCGUCAGUCUCUCCGGCGCGAGUCGCCGCCACCGCCCGCCCCGGAGUCAGGCCCCUGGGCCCCCAGGCUCAAGCAGCGAAGCGGCCUCCGGGGAACGCCGCUAGACUAGAGGAACGCGCCGGUGCCCUUGCCUUCGCCGUGGCCCAAAGUGCGGGCGGCGGGAUGAGGGGGAGCCAGCGGGCCGCGCCGGCCCUGCGGCGCCGGGGGCGGCUCUGGCCCGUGUUGGCCGUGCUGGCGGCCGCCGCGGCGGGCUGUGCCCAGGCAGCCAUGGACGAGUGCACGGACGAGGGCGGGCGGCCGCAGCGCUGCAUGCCCGAGUUCGUCAACGCCGCCUUCAACGUGACCGUGGUGGCUACCAACACGUGUGGGACUCCGCCCGAGGAGUACUGUGUGCAGACCGGGGUGACCGGGGUCACCAAGUCCUGUCACCUGUGCGACGCCGGGCAGCCCCACCUGCAGCACGGGGCAGCCUUCCUGACCGACUACAACAACCAGGCCGACACCACCUGGUGGCAAAGCCAGACCAUGCUGGCCGGGGUGCAGUACCCCAGCUCCAUCAACCUCACGCUGCACCUGGGAAAAGCUUUUGACAUCACCUAUGUGCGUCUCAAGUUCCACACCAGCCGCCCAGAGAGCUUUGCUAUUUACAAGCGCACGCGGGAAGAUGGGCCCUGGAUUCCUUACCAGUACUACAGUGGUUCCUGCGAGAACACCUACUCCAAGGCAAACCGCGGCUUCAUCAGGACAGGAGGGGACGAGCAGCAGGCCUUGUGUACUGAUGAAUUCAGUGACAUUUCUCCCCUCACUGGGGGCAACGUGGCCUUUUCUACCCUGGAAGGAAGGCCAAGUGCCUAUAACUUUGACAAUAGCCCUGUGCUGCAGGAAUGGGUAACUGCCACUGACAUCAGAGUAACUCUUAAUCGCCUGAAUACUUUUGGAGAUGAAGUGUUUAACGAUCCCAAAGUUCUCAAGUCCUAUUAUUAUGCGAUCUCUGAUUUUGCUGUGGGUGGCAGAUGUAAAUGUAAUGGACACGCAAGCGAGUGUAUGAAGAAUGAAUUUGAUAAGCUGGUGUGUAACUGCAAACAUAACACAUAUGGAGUAGACUGUGAAAAGUGUCUUCCUUUCUUCAAUGACCGGCCAUGGAGGAGGGCAACUGCGGAAAGUGCCAGUGAAUGCCUGCCCUGUGACUGCAACGGUCGAUCCCAGGAAUGCUACUUUGACCCUGAACUCUAUCGUUCUACUGGCCAUGGGGGUCACUGUACCAACUGCCAGGAUAACACAGAUGGCGCCCACUGUGAGAGGUGCCGGGAGAACUUCUUCCGCCUUGGAAACAAUGAAGCCUGCUCUCCAUGCCACUGUAGUCCUGUGGGCUCUCUAAGCACACAGUGUGAUAGUUACGGCAGAUGCAGCUGUAAGCCAGGAGUAAUGGGGGACAAAUGUGACCGUUGCCAGCCUGGAUUCCAUUCUCUCACUGAGGCAGGAUGCAGGCCAUGCUCUUGUGAUCCCUCUGGCAGCAUAGAUGAAUGUAAUGUUGAAACAGGAAGAUGUGUUUGCAAGGACAAUGUCGAAGGCUUCAAUUGUGAAAGAUGCAAACCUGGAUUUUUUAAUCUGGAAUCGUCUAAUCCUAGGGGUUGCACACCCUGCUUCUGCUUUGGGCAUUCUUCUGUCUGUACAAAUGCUGUUGGCUACAGUGUUUAUUCUAUCUCCUCUACCUUUCAGAUUGAUGAGGAUGGGUGGCGUGUGGAACAGAGAGAUGGCUCUGAAGCAUCUCUCGAAUGGUCCUCUGAGAGGCAAGAUAUUGCCGUGAUCUCAGACAGCUACUUUCCUAGGUACUUCAUUGCUCCUGCAAAGUUCUUGGGCAAGCAGGUGUUGAGUUAUGGUCAGAACCUCUCCUUCUCCUUUCGAGUGGACAGGCGAGAUACUCGCCUCUCUGCAGAAGACCUUGUGCUUGAGGGAGCUGGCUUAAGAGUAUCUGUGCCCUUGAUCGCUCAGGGCAAUUCCUAUCCAAGUGAGACCACUGUGAAGUAUGUCUUCAGGCUCCAUGAAGCAACGGAUUACCCUUGGAGACCUGCUCUUACCCCUUUUGAAUUUCAGAAGCUCCUAAACAACUUGACCUCUAUCAAGAUCCGUGGGACAUACAGUGAGAGAAGUGCUGGAUAUUUGGAUGAUGUCACCCUGGCAAGUGCUCGUCCUGGGCCUGGAGUCCCUGCAACUUGGGUGGAGUCCUGCACCUGUCCUGUGGGAUAUGGAGGGCAGUUUUGUGAGAUGUGCCUUUCAGGUUACAGAAGAGAAACUCCUAGUCUUGGACCAUACAGUCCAUGUGUGCUUUGCACCUGCAAUGGACACAGCGAGACCUGUGAUCCUGAGACAGGUGUUUGUAACUGCAGAGACAAUACGGCUGGCCCGCACUGUGAGAAGUGCAGUGAUGGGUACUAUGGAGAUUCAACUGCGGGAACCUCCUCUGAUUGCCAGCCCUGUCCGUGUCCCGGAGGCUCAAGUUGUGCUGUUGUCCCCAAGACAAAAGAGGUGGUGUGCACCAACUGUCCUACUGGCACCACUGGUAAGAGAUGUGAGCUCUGUGAUGAUGGCUACUUUGGAGACCCCCUAGGUAGAAACGGCCCUGUGAGACUUUGCCGCCUGUGCCAGUGCAAUGACAACAUUGAUCCCAACGCAGUUGGAAAUUGCAAUCGCUUGACAGGAGAAUGCCUGAAGUGCAUCUAUAAUACUGCUGGCUUCUAUUGUGACCGGUGCAAAGACGGAUUUUUUGGAAAUCCCCUGGCUCCCAAUCCAGCAGACAAAUGCAAAGCCUGCAAUUGCAAUCCAUAUGGGACAGUGAAGCAGCAGAGCAACUGUAACCCCGUGACGGGGCAAUGUGAAUGUUUGCCUCACGUGACUGGCCGGGACUGUGGUGCUUGCGACCCUGGAUUCUACAACCUGCAGAGUGGGCAAGGCUGUGAGAGGUGUGACUGCCAUGCCUUGGGCUCCACCAAUGGGCAGUGUGACAUCCGCACCGGCCAGUGUGAGUGCCAGCCUGGCAUCACCGGUCAGCACUGUGAGCGCUGUGAGGUCAACCACUUUGGGUUUGGACCUGAAGGCUGCAAACCCUGUGACUGUCAUCCCGAGGGGUCUCUUUCACUUCAGUGCAAAGACGAUGGUCGCUGUGAAUGCAGAGAAGGCUUUGUGGGAAAUCGCUGUGACCAGUGUGAAGAAAACUAUUUCUACAAUCGGUCUUGGCCUGGCUGCCAGGAAUGUCCAGCUUGUUACCGUUUGGUAAAGGAUAAGGUUGCUGAUCAUCGAGUGAAGCUCCAGGAAUUAGAGAGUCUCAUAGCAAACCUUGGAACUGGGGAUGAGAUGGUGACGGAUCAAGCCUUCGAGGAUAGACUAAAGGAAGCAGAGAGGGAAGUUAUGGACCUCCUUCGUGAGGCCCAGGAUGUCAAAGAUGUUGACCAGAAUUUGAUGGAUCGCCUACAGAGAGUGAAUAACAGUCUGUCCAGCCAAAUUAGCCGUUUACAAAAUAUCCGGAAUACCAUUGAAGAGACUGGAAACUUGGCUGAACAAGCACGUGCCCAUGUAGAGAACACAGAGAGGUUGAUUGAAAUCGCGUCCAGAGAACUUGAAAAAGCAAAAGUCGCUGCUGCCAAUGUGUCAGUCACUCAGCCAGAAUCUACAGGGGACCCAAACAACAUGACUCUUUUGGCAGAAGAGGCUCGAAAGCUUGCUGAACGUCAUAAACAGGAAGCUGAUGACAUUGUUCGAGUGGCAAAGACAGCCAAUGAUACAUCAACUGAGGCAUACAACCUGCUUUUGAGGACAUUGGCAGGAGAAAAUCAAACAGCAUUUGAGAUUGAAGAGCUUAAUAGGAAGUAUGAACAAGCGAAGAACAUCUCACAGGAUCUGGAAAAACAAGCUGCCCGAGUACAUGAGGAGGCCAAAAGGGCCGGUGACAAAGCUGUGGAGAUCUAUGCCAGCGUAGCUCAGCUGAGCCCUUUGGACUCUGAGACACUAGAGAAUGAAGCAAAUAACAUAAAGAUGGAAGCUGAGAAUCUGGAACGUCUGAUUGACCAGAAGUUGAAAGAUUAUGAGGACCUCAGAGAAGACAUGAGAGGGAAGGAACUUGAAGUCAAGAACCUUCUGGAGAAAGGAAAGACUGAACAGCAGACCGCAGACCAACUCCUAGCCCGAGCUGAUGCUGCCAAGGCCCUCGCCGAAGAAGCUGCAAAGAAGGGACGUGAUACUUUACAAGAAGCUAAUGACAUUCUCAACAACUUGAAAGAUUUUGAUAGGCGCGUGAACGAUAACAAGACGGCCGCAGAGGAGGCACUAAGGAAGAUUCCUGCCAUCAACCAGACCAUCAUUGAAGCCAAUGAAAAGACCAGGGAAGCCCAGCAGGCCCUGGGCAACGCUGCGGCGGACGCCACAGAGGCCAAGAACAAGGCCCAUGAGGCGGAGAGGAUUGCGAGCGCUGUCCAAAAGAAUGCCACCAGCACCAAGGCAGAAGCUGAAAGAACUUUUGCAGAAGUUACAGAUCUGGAUAAUGAGGUGAACAAUAUGUUGAAGCAACUACAGGAAGCAGAAAAAGAGCUAAAGCGAAAACAAGAUGACGCUGACCAGGACAUGAUGAUGGCAGGGAUGGCUUCACAGGCUGCUCAAGAAGCCGAGAUCAAUGCCAGAAAAGCCAAGAACUCUGUUACUAGCCUCCUCAGCAUUAUUAAUGACCUCUUGGAACAGCUGGGGCAGCUCGACACAGUGGACCUGAAUAAGCUAAACGAGAUUGAAGGCACCCUAAACAAAGCCAAAGAUGAAAUGAAGGUCAGCGAUCUUGAUAGGAAAGUGUCUGACCUGGAGAAUGAAGCCAAGAAGCAGGAGGCUGCCAUCAUGGACUAUAAUCGAGAUAUCGAGGAGAUCAUGAAGGACAUUCGCAAUCUGGAAGACAUCAGGAAGACCUUACCAUCUGGCUGCUUCAACACCCCGUCCAUUGAAAAGCCCUAGCGUCAUUAGGGCUGGAAGGCAGCAUCCCUCUGACAGGGGCAGUUGUGAGGCCACAGAGUGCCUUGACACAAAGAUUGCAUUUUUCAGACCCCACUCCUCUGCUGCUGUCCAUCACUGUCCUUUUGAACCAGGAAAAGUCACAAAGUUUAAAGAGAAGCAAAUUAAACAUCCUGAAUCGGGAACAAAGGGUUUUAUCUAAUAAAGUCUCUCUUCCACUCACGUUGCUACCUUACCCACACUUUCCCUUCUGAUUUGCGUGAGGACGUGGCAUCCUACAUUACUGUACAGUGGCAUAAGCACAUCGUGUGAGCCCGUGUAUGCUGGGGCAGAGCAAGUAGCCCUCCCCUGUCUCAUCGAUACCAGCAGAACCUCCUCAGUCUCAGUACUCUUGUUUCUAUGAAGGAAAAGUUUGGCUACUAACAGUAGCAUUGUGAUGGCCAGUAUAUCCAGUCCAUGGAUAAAGAAAAUGCAUCUGCAUCUCCUGCCCCUCUUCCUUCUAAGCAAAAGGAAAUAAACAUCCUGUGCCAAAGGUAUUGGUCGUUUAGAAUGUCGGUAGCCAUCCAUCAGUGCUUUUAGCUAUUUUGAGUGUAGGACACUGAGCCAUCCAUGGGUCAGGAUGCAAUUAUUUAUAAAAGUCUCCAGGUGAACAUGGCUGAAGAAGAUUUUUCUAGUAUAUUAAUAAUUGACUAGGAAGAUGAACUUUUUUCAGAUCUUUGGGCAGCUGAUAAUUUAAAUCUGGAUGGGCAGCUUGCACUCACCAAUAGACCAAAAGACAUCUUUUGAUAUUCUUAUAAACGGAACUUACACAGAAGAAAUAGGGAUAUGAUAACCACUAAAGUUUUAUUUUCAAAAUCAAACUAAUUCUUACAGCUUUUUUAUUAGUUAGUCUUGGAACUAGUGUUAAGUAUCUGGCAGAGAACAGUUAAUCCCUAAGGUCUUGACAAAGCAGAAGAAAAACAAGCCUCCUCAUCCUAGUCUUUUCUGGCAAAGGGAUAAAACUUAGAUGGCAGCUUGUACUGUCAGAAUCCCGUGUAUCCAUUUGUUCUUCUGUUGGAGAGAGAUGAGACAUUUGACCCUUAGCUCCAGUUUUCUUCUGAUGUUUCCAUCUUCCAGAAUCCCUCAAAAAACAUUGUUUGCCAAAUCCUGGUGGCAAAUACUUGCACUCAGUAUUUCACACAGCUGCCAAUGCUAUUGAGUUCCUGCACUUUGUGAUUUAAAUCCACUCUAAACCUUCCCUCUAAGUGUAGAGGGAAGACCCUUACGUGGAGUUUCCUAGUGGGCUUCUCAACUUUUGAUCCUCAGAUCUGUGGUUUUAAGACCACAAUGUGACAAUUCCCUGCCACACACCCCCUUCCUCCUACCAACCCGCCUUUGAGAUUCAUAUAUAGCCUUUAACACUAUGCAACUUUGUACUUUGCGUAGCAGGGGCGGGGUGGGGGGAAAGAAACUAUUAUCUGACACACUGGUGCUAUUAAUUAUUUCAAAUUUAUAUUUUUGUGUGAAUGUUUUGUGUUUUGUUUAUCAUGAUUAUAGAAUAAGGAAUUUAUGUAAAUAUACUUGGUCCUAUUUCUAGAAUGGCACUCUCUGUUCACUUUGCUCAAUUUUUCCUCUUCACUGGCACAGUGUAUCUGAAUACCUCCUUCCCUUCCAUCUAGAAUUCUUUGGAUUGUACUUGUUCCCACUACUUUGCUCUCUGCCUUGUGUUUGCAGCAUCUCCAUUCUCUAAAAUUAAUAUCAUUGCUUUCCUCCACACCCAGCCACUGUGAAGAGGUAACUUGGGUCCUCUUCCAUUGCAGUCCUGAUGAUCCUAACCUGCAGCACGAUGGUUUUACAAUGUUCCAGAGCAGGAAUGCCAGGUUGACAAGCUAUGGUAGGAUUAGAAAAGUUUACUGAAGAGGAUCUUUGACGCCAUAGUGGGACUAGCCAGGAAUGAGGGAGAAAUGCCCUUUCUGGCAACUAUUGGAGCUGGAUGGGUCAAUUUUAUAAGAGAGUGCAUUUUGAGCACUUUUAGGGCAUCAGGAACAAUGCUACUGAUGGGUAGACUGGGAGAGGUGGUGUAACUUAGUUCUUGAUGAUCCCACUUCCUGUUUCCAUCUGCUUGGGAUAUACCAGAGUUUACCACAAGUGUUUUGACCUGAUACACUCCUGAGCUUUCACUCUGCUGCUUCUCCCAGGCCUCUUUUACAAUGGCAGGAGAUAUGGCGUGCUCUUGCCAAGUUUUCAUAUCAUCAUUUCCUGGCUAGUUCAUGUCAUUAAGUGGGUACAUCCUAACAUAUACAUUUGGUCAAGGUUGCAGAAAAGGACUGAAGAUUGACUGCCAAGCUAGUUUGGGUGAAGUUCACUCCAGCAAGUCUCAGGCAACAAUGGGGUGGUUUGGUUUGGUUUGGUUUCCUUUUAACUUACUUUUUGUUAUUUUCUUGUCCACCUGUGUGGUAUAUUUUUUAAACAGAAUUUUAUUUUUAAAAUAAAAGGUUCUUUACAAGAUGAUACCUUAAUUAACACUCCUGCAACACAGCCAUUAUUUUUUUGUCUAGCUCCAGUUAUCUGUAGUUUAUGUAAUGUAAUUGACAGGAUGGCUGCUGCAGAAUGGUGGGUGACACAGGGAUUAUUAUACUGCUGUUUUUCCCUGAAUUUUUUCCUUUGAAUUCCAACUGUGGACCUUUUAUAUGUGCCUUCACUUUAGCUGUUUGCCUUAAUCUCUGCAGCCUUGCUCUCCAGGGUGGUUAAUAAAAUGCAACACUUGGCAUUUUUUAUGUUUUAAGAAAAACAGUAUUUUAUUUAUAAUAAAAUCUGAAUAUUUGUAACCCUUUA